AAUCUCUUUAUAGUCUCUAGUCGUUCCUCUCGGUUCAGGCAAGCUUUUUUAGUCUUGGAUCAUCUCUGUGUCUCUCUAAGCCAAUUACCAAUGGAUUUAGAGUCUGCAAGUCGAGAAAAACAAGGGCUGUUUUCUCGUGGAUGGUCAAGGAUGAAAGCCUUGCCUAAAAAUAUAACCGCUAAGAUAUUUGAGUUUUAUAGCAAGGUCAAAAAGCUUGCCCAAGAUGAUCCAAGAAGAGUUGUUCAUUCACUGAAAGUGGGACUCGCACUCAACUUGGUCUCAUUAUUAUAUUACUAUAAGCCACUGUACGAUGGCUUUGGGGUUUCUGCAAUUUGGGCUGUAAUGACUGUCGUAGUCGUCUCUGAAUUUUCAGUGGGGGCCACUCUCGGGAAAGGUUUGAACAGAGGAUUGGCAACUUUGAGUGGUGGUGCUCUCGCUGUUGGUGCAUAUCAUCUGGCUAACCUAUCAGGACGGAUAGGUGAGCCCAUACUACUUGGGUUCUUUGUCUUCCUCCAAGCUGCGGUAUCUACGUUCGCAAGAUUCUAUCCCAAAAUCAAGGCAAGAUAUGAUUAUGGGCUGUUGAUAUUUAUUUUGACAUUCGCUUUCAUAUCUGUGUCCGGUUUCCGAGACAAUGAAAUAUUCGAAAUGGCUUACAAGAGAUUAUCCACCGUCCUCAUAGGUGGCUCUACCUGUGUCAUGAUUUCCAUUUUGGUUUUCCCUGUCUGGGCUGGUGAAGACCUCCACAACUUAAUUGCUUCCAACCUGGAAAAGGUUGGUUGCUUCCUAGACGGGUUUGGAGAUGAAUACUUUAAAAUGCCAGGGGAUGGAGAGUCCAAAGAUGAUAAAUCCUUCUUACAGGGCUAUAAAAGUGUUCUUAAUUCAAAAAGUAACGAAGAUGCCUUGGCUAAUUUUGCCAAAUGGGAGCCGGGGCAUGGUCGAUUUCAAUUUCGGCAUCCAUGGAAACAGUACCUGAAGAUUGCAGCUCUGACACGCCAGUGUGCAUAUCGAAUUGAAUCUCUUCAUGGACAGCUGAAUGCUGACAUUCAAGCAAAACCAGAAAUCCGAAGUAAAAUCCGAGGGACAUGCACAAAAAUGAGCUCGGAAUCUGGUAAAGCAUUGAAAGAACUAGCAUCGGCAAUGAAACGAAUGGUGAAGCCAAUUUCCGCAGAUAUCCAUAUUGAAAACUCAAAAUCUGCUGCCAAGAACCUCAACUCUAUACUCAAAUCAGGCCCAUGGGAUGAUGACAUGGACCUCUUGGAAGUCGUACCGGUGGCUACAGUAGCUUCUUUAUUAAUCGAAGUGGUCAGCUGCAUGGAGGAAAUUGCUGAAUCUGUUAAUGAACUUGCAUCAAUGGCAAAAUUUGAAGGCAUUAAGCCAUAUGUCUCACCAGAAAAACCAGAGACAGGACAAGUUGGAGUUGUGAAAUCUUCCAAUAUUGAGGCUAAUUGCUCUAGCGUUAUCAUUACAAUUGGUGAUCCAAUUCGAGAAAAUGGGAAUUCUUCUGUAACAAUGAAUAAUGGUAGACCGACGAUUACUGAGGUGUAAAUAUUGUAUAUAGAUAUAUUCCUAACCCAACCGUGCGGUGUCCAAACUAAGUUACUAUAAAGUUUUUGUAUCGUGAAAUCAG